AUGUUUGUUCGCCGUUUGGAAUCAAGACAAAAGAGACCUAAAGGAUCAGAAGAAAACACUGGGACAAAAGAGGACUUUCGACGCGAAACGAAACAAACGCAGGGAAACAAGAGAGUUGAGGCGCGGGCGUGCAGCAGACUUCAGGCCCUAGCAGCAGGAAGCCCGCGAUGCGUGACUCACACCGAACGGCCGCCGCGUGUGACGUAUAAAGCGAACGAGGCGAGGAACCCGCGGUACUUGCCACAAGAGGGCAACAGCUUACGGCUUACUUGUGUUUCAGCUACGCAACUCUCGCUACAUCAUGUUUACGAGAGCAACUUCGAUAAAUCCAUGUUAGUUAGCUCAUACGAGAUACCUGAACACUUGUGCUCGCCGACGUGGAUAUUAAACUUUCAGAAGGGUAACAGUUUCGAGUACGCGACGCUUCUAGUAAGCUUACUGCUGGGACAGGAUUACAAUGCAUUCGUGGUGAGCGGAUAUGCAUCACGCGAGCAAGUGCUCUGUGACAUGACCAGAAGAACUUGCCCGUAUUUGCCAAAGAUUGAGCAAGUACUACCACCGGUCGAAAAACCUAAAAUCGUCAAGUAUCAAUUAAAGCCACCGCCUGAUUUCAGGAGUCAAUUUCUCUUAGAGUUGGAAUCUCGCAAGAGAGCAAAAGCGGAGGCAGAAUUACAACGACAAAAAGAAGAGCAUCAGAGGAUGAUCACUGAAUUCGAGCGUCCGCAACCUGAUAAAUAUUUCGGUCAACAAAUACAUGCGUGGGUGGUUAUUUUACCAGACGAUAAAGGUGUGAGAAAUCAAGAAAUUAUUGAACCGAUCUUCCUUGAGCCUUCUUCUGGAAUGUUUUACAAUCCGGCUGAUGAAGAAACCAAUUUAUUGUAUCUGGGAGUUGAGAGUAUUUGGAAUGAUAAAAAUUACUGGGUAAAUAUGCAGCCUCGUGGAAACGGUUGUGCGCAAAUUAACUGGGAUUUGAGCAAAAUCGAAUUCUGGGAACAUUUGCUUCCUGGUGAACCGCGAAUCGUACGAAAAGACACGGACGAAAUCGAGGAAGACGUUGCCGUGAAGCAAGAAAAACAUUUGGAUAUGCCGGCUUCGUACGUGAGUGAAAUCCGAAUUCACAGUUUAGAUUUUGAAAGACGUUAUCCACGAGGCAGUAAAACAAUACUUUACAAAAAGGCCAAAGUAGAAUUAUACGCGCCGUAUUCUCAAAUCAACAGUUUGAUUCAAAGGGUAACCGUUUACGAAGAUUAUGAAUAUACUACUCCUGUCGAAACUUAUGAGAAGUAUUUGAAUAGAGCUGACUGUCUUACGGAAUCCAGAAAAAACUUCAUUACCGGUAUCGUCACGGAUUUCUUUGAAAAGGGCCGACCGGAUCAUUGUAAAGCACAUCGCUAUCUUGCAUCCGACAGCGAUUCGAUAAAUGGCGAAAGAACAAUAGAGUUUUACGAUAGCGUGCAAUUUGAUGGACUCUCGCGAAUCGAGAUGGGUCCGCUUUAUUUGACUCAACAUUACGUGGACCGUCAAGAUCUUGUAUAUUACAGACAUGCCGAAUUUUUGGUAGAUGAAGACAACACGACGGUAGACGAUAUUCAUUCUCGACACAUCUCGAAAAUCAUUGAGAAGCAAGAUCGGAUUACCCAGGCUAUUCAUACAUUUAUAAAACCUUCGAUAGGAGACAGGGGAGAUCAUUUAGUUUUCGAUCCUACGAUGACCCACAGAUAUAAUCCAGAUCCGAACGCACUGCCGGAGAAAAACCUCGAUCUCUUUUACGCACUCGAUAAACAUCUGAAGGACGAAGAUCGUUCCAUACUCCACAUCAGAGAUGCUGAAGAGGAUAUCGCGGCGUUCCUGCGAAGAAGAGCCGAUGAAAAUUUAAAUCCGCAGCUCACAAUUUCGUUAUUUGACAGAAAUCGAAUAGCCGAAACGACAAUUGAAUUAGAUACGAAAGGAAUAAAAAGGCGACCGAGUCAACGCGAAGUUAUUAUGCAAGAGAUGAACGAUUUGGGACCGUACCUGGCCCGAAUAGGCAAUCCGGCGCACAUCAGUAAAACGGAAGCAUAUCUGCUGCGCGACGAUUGUUUGAGCGACUUCAAGCAGGCGUCCAUUGACAAAGCGAAUCGUAUUUUACAUAUGAUUGAAAAGCAAGCCACGGAACUAGAGAAGAUGCAAGCUCUUCUAACGCAGACUGUAGAUUUAUCGAAAACGAAGGAGGAACAGAUGUUAGCCAAGAUAAACGAAAUAAGCUUCAAUAUGCACGUGCUGGAAACGUAUCUCAAUUGGCAUAGAGAUGUAGUGCCGCAGAGAUACAGGGUACUGGUAGAUCGUUUACGGCGAAAUCCGCAUCUUCAAGUACUUCAGAAACAUUGAAACAUCAUAUUAAAAAAUGUGUAUACAUAUAAGUAUAUUA